AUGUCGAGACGCCUGCCAUCAAGGAUAUCUCAUCCCAAUGUUUCCAUCCCCCUCAAACAUUCUUCACUGCCUAUCCGUGCCAAUGUUUACCUUCCCCUCAACUACACCACCCAGCCCGAGGAGCGAUACCCCGUGCUUGUGACAUACGGGCCCUACGGAAAGGAUAUCCCCUACGCGAGCUUCUUCCCGCGCUCCUUUGACGAGCUCAACCCAGAGCACAAAUCAAAGUACUCAGCAUGGGAGACACCCGACCCCGUCUUCUGGACCAGGCAUGGGUAUGCCAUUGUGCGCGCAGAUGAGCGCGGCACGGGCCAGAGCCCAGGCCUGCUGGACACCAUGAGCGUUGGGACCAGCGAGUGCUUCUUCGACGUGGUGGAGUGGGCCGCCGUGCAGAACUGGAGCUCCGGCAAGGUGGGCCUGCUGGGCAUCUCGUACUAUGCUGGCAGCCAGUGGCGGGUUGCCGCGCGGCGGCCCAAGGGGCUGGCGGCCAUCAUCCCGUGGGAGGGCAUGAGUGACUACUACCGGGAUCGGUGCCGCCAUGGUGGGAUCUUGAGCAACCGCUUCAUCAGUUUCUGGUGGAACAGACAGGUGCUGGUGAACCAAUAUGGAAAGGGAGGGCGGUCCACCUUGACCUUCCCGCCUGAUGGCCCGGGGGCGAGAGGCCAGGAGGAGACCAUCGAGGGGGUCCUUCCUGAGGAUGUGCUGCUGAAGAAUCGGAGGGACCAGACACAAGACAACGAGACGAACCGGUUCAGGGACGACGAGUAUUACUCUAGCAAGGAGUAUAAAUUGGAAGAUAUAGAGGUGCCGGUGUUGAGUGUCGCCAAUUGGGGCGGCAUCCUGCUUCAUCUCCGGGGUAAUGUACAGGGCUACCUGCGCGCGGGCUCCGAGUUCAAGUACCUGCGGUUCAUCACCGGAAGGCAUGACCUGCCGUUCUACUACCACGACGAGGUCGAGGUGCAGAAGAGUUUUCUUGACGCGUUCCUGAAGGGAGAAGACCGUGUGGGCUGGAGCAUCCCAGGCAAGGUCGCACCAGUGACACUGACGCUGAGGAAAGGCAACGUUGGCUACAACGAUGCCGACAAGGAGAAAACAUACCCUAAAAGGGAGGAGAAGGCUUGGCCACUGCCGGACACCGAGUAUACCAAGUACUACCUCACCCACGAGCAGGCUUUGACGACGAGCAAACCCCCUGGAGAGGAGCUCCAGAAGCUGACGUACAGAGCGCUGGGCACUCUGGACAAUCCUGCGCUUGUCCAGUUCACCACAGCGCCGUUCGAGAAGGAGACGGAGAUUACAGGACACCCUCUCGCCCACCUGUGCGUGUCAGCCACAGGGCCGCCCGAAACGGAUAUCGACAUAUUCGUCACAAUCCGGCACCUAGACGCCUCAGGUCAAGAGAUAUUCUACACCGGCACGGCCGGCGAUCCAGUCCCUCUAUGCAAAGGUUGGCUGAGAGUGAGCCUCGCCAAGGUCCACAGCGAGCAUCCCAAUCAUAAAUCAUGGCUGCCGCAUCGGGAGUAUCUAUCAACAGAUGUUCAACCUGUGGAGACUAGUCAGACUUAUGAGGUUGAUGUUGAGAUCUGGCCGACAAAUGUCAUUGUUGAUAAGGGAAGUAUGUUGGUCUUUGAGGUUUCCAGUGGUGAUACGCAGGGCUGUGGUACUUUUCAACACAGUUCAGAAGUUGACAGACCUGAGUCCAAGUUUGGUGGCGAUAACCACAUCUUGUUUGGGACAGGCUUCGACAAUUAUUUGACGCUGCCAGUCAUUCCGUCCAAGUAG